GCUUCAGUAGACAGGGACAAGGGGCAGAGGUGAGAGGUGAGAGGUGAGAGCAAGAUUUGGUUUGUGACUUGUCACAUACCAUCAUGCCUCCACUGGAGAAACCACAACAUACCAAGCCCUUCAAACUCAGGAAAAGUUUUGCGACAAGAAAGCAAGAGGUAGCCGGGAUUCGCUCAAAAUUUCCAACCAAGAUUCCCGUUAUAAUCGAAAGAUACUCCAGGGAAAAGUACCUGCCUCCGCUGGAUAAGACGAAAUUUCUUGUCCCACAAGAACUAUCCAUGACUCAAUUUGUAACCGUUAUCAGAAACAGGAUGUCUCUCAUGCCAAGUCAAGCCUUCUAUUUGCUAAUUAACAACAACGGACUGGCCAGUAUGUCACUCACCAUGGCACAGGUCUACAAGGACCACAAAGACGACGAUGGCUUUCUGUACAUGACGUACGCUUCUCAGGAAAUGUUCGGGAACACUCGAGAAUGCGUGGACGCGUUUAAAACUAGUCACGUAGCUGACUAGUUUGCUGAUCAAAUCCUUCCAUUUUUUUAGUCCGGAAAUAUACAGUUUUAGCAGAUCCAAUAGCAGAUUGCGCAUUUCUAUGUACUUCUGCAUUUAUGAAACCAUACCCCCUGAUUUUAUUAUUUUUUGUAUAAUUUUUAAAGGAUGAAAAUAAUAAAUAUUGUUUGGAAUGA